AUGGAGAGAUCUCAACUGAAAAAGGAUGAUGUACGUGUCCGGCUUUCCCAUGAGCUCUCGGAGGGUGAGAAAGAAGCCACUGGGAACAGAAAGGCGAAAGUCCUGGAUUGCCUCAAGAGCCUUGGCAUUGCCUGUGCUGAGGAUAACAGGCCCAAUAUUGCCGUGCUAGGAUCAGGCGGAGGUCUGCGGGCCAUGAUAGCCUUUCUGGGAACCUUGGUGGAGCUGGAGAAUCAGGGCCUGUUGGACGCUGUCAUGUACCUGUGUGGGGUAUCGGGUUCCACCUGGUGCAUGUCUUUCCUCUACCAAGAGAAGGACUGGACAGAGAAAGUGCAGGUCUUGGAAGAACGCCUGCGUGAUACACUUUCCAAACCUUCAUGUGAUAUUCAAGAGCAAUUUGCUAUUGCGACACAGGCGGCUGAAGAUGAACUCUUCUCUCUGACUGAUGUCUGGGCAUCUUUCUUUGUCUAUCCUACAUUGAAGCUGUAUGAUGAGACCAAACUAUCUGAACAUGAUGAUUCCUCCAAAAAUGGGAAAAAUCCUUACCCCAUCUAUGCGGCAAUAGAAGCAAACCAAUUGGGUAAAGCAGGUGAAAACAGCCCAGGGACCUGGUUUGAAUUCACCCCCCAUGAAUCUGGCUUUACCAGCCUGGGGGCAUUUGUGUGCACUGAAGACUUGGGAAAGAAAAUCAAGGAUGGGAAUUCGCAAAAGAGGGAUGAGAAAAAUAUCUGCUACCUGCAAGGCUUAUGGGGAAGCGCCCUUGGAAGCAUGGCUGCAAACAAGAAAUAUUUAAUAGACUGUCUUAAGGAAAAAUUCCGAAAACUAAGAGAACAUAGGAAUGCAGAAGGUACUGAUUACACUAAUGUACUUCAUCGGGGUGUCCUCCUCCUCCUCCAGGAGCUACACGUUCGUGCCUCAGCUGGGAAAGACUGUGUGGGAAUCUUAAGGCAGCUGAAGGAAGUCCUGAAAGAGGAGAAUAGCAUGAAUUCCUUCCUGAAGUGCUGUGAAGUGAGUGAGACCUUGGAUUUGAAGAGCUGGGAAGAGAGAAUGCUGGAGUUCGCUGAACUCAUCUGUAUUUUUGAAAAGGAACUUGGAGAAUAUGUAUGGAGUGUAUGGCAAUUGUUAUGGAAAACCGUGACCUGUAUCUGCUUCUGGACAUGGGGGUACACCAACAACUUUCUGUACACAGAUAGUAAAGCCCAGUCUACUGGAUUGACCAACAAAGAAUUCAUCCACUUGAUCGAUGCCGGCCUUGCCAUAAAUUCCGCCUAUCCCCUCGUUCUGCGCCCAGACAGGAAAGUGAAACUGAUCCUCUCCUUUGACUUCAGCGACGGGGAUCCUUUCGAGACCAUCAAGAAAACUGCCAAGUAUUGUGAGACAAAUAACAUCCCAUUUCCCGAGAUAAACCCAGAAGAGAUUAAGGACAUUGAUAACCCCUUUGACUGCUACAUCUUCAAAGGAAAAGAUGUUCCUACCGUCAUGCACUUCCCUCUCUUCAACAACAAAAAUUGUCCAGAUAAAAUAAAGGACUUCAGAGACACGUUUACCACCUUUACUUUAUCCUACUCAGAGGACAAUGUCAAAGUACUCCUCAAAAAAGCCAAGAUGAAUGUAUCCAACAACAAGGAGAGGAUUCUGAAGGAGAUCCAGCAGAUUGUGUCCUCCUCCACCAAGGAGUUUUAAAACCACAUCUCUGUUUGGUUCCUGAUCAUGAAGGACAGAAAUUCUGUGCCUGGCUCUGACUCACAUUUCCCGAGAGGCUGUUCACUGUGACCAUUUAGAACCUAAGUGCAGCAGG